AUGCCACCGUCUCCCAAUUUACAUGUUGGCGAUCUUGUCUAUCUGUCUGCCGACCGUGACAAGUCAAGUGCAAGGGAUCGGUAUCUUAUCGUAUCUGUGGACGGACAAUGGUCCAAUAUCCAGAAAUUUCGUGGUUCACAGAUACACAACACUUCGUAUCGAGUAAAACGUAUAUAACGAGUGCUAUAAAGUGCCUCCUGCAGUACAAGCCAAACCUAAACGUACCUCACAGAUAACCUGUCCAGCGACGAAGAAAAACUGUAUGUACCUUCCUUCCUCAUCACCACCCCCUCCAAUGACCAUUACACAGGAAAUAUCGACCCCUCGUCAGGAAACCUUAACUCCACCGACAGCUCAGCCAGAAGCAGAACAAGAAGUCACGCUUGAAUUGGAGGAACAGGGAGUGCAUGAAUUGAGUGAACAAGGAACAAGCUGUCAGACGGAUUUUCCUCUUAUUCACCCAUCUCUGCAAGACGAAGCAAGUGAUUACAACGAGCAGCCGCUACGAAGACCAUCACGCAGCCGUUGCCAUCCAGACCGUCUGAACGAUAUGUCAUACCGUAAUUGA